AUGACGAAUCAUCUUUGGCCACUUAGUCCUCCACAGAGAUCUAAAAUUGGCAAUUGCAUAAGCGUACAAGAUAAAUUUGCACUAAACAAUAAUGAUAUUCUUCAAACUGUAACGUUACCCCAAACUAAUGUUUUUAUUAUGGUGACACCCUCAAGAAUACUGAUCUACAACCUUAAGCCAAUGGCGCAUGUAAGUAGUCAUGAAAGGACAGGGGAUUCGAUUCGAGAGUUUGGACUCAACAAGUCAAUGACAUCUUCUGUCACAUUAGAUAGCGCAGUGGAGGGCCUGCUAUCAGAUAAACAAAUAAACAAUUCAGUUUGGAACCAAGGCAAACUAGUAUUCUAUGUCAUGACUGACAAGAAUUUUCUACUUACUUAUCAAAUCUUAAAAGAUUCAAGCAACAUGACCGUUUUUAAAGCAUUUGGCAUUCCUGUUGUGGAUUUGGAAAAGGUGGAUGAGGAGUUCGAACAUGAAUAUGAUGAUUCUGUGGAUGAUGACACUCUUACCGUUUUCGAAAAAAAUAAGUCUUCAAAAGUUAUUCAGAACGGUUAUGCCAUAACCAAAGAACAAGGAUUUUUACAAUUUCUAUCUAAUAACCAGGAAAAUCUAGAUGAACUACCAGUGAAGAAGCUUGAACUACGACUUAAGGUUGUUCUCAAAGUCGAUUAUCAAAUACUGGACCUCUAUGCGUUUAAAAGACUUUCGGAAGUAGAAGAAGAUAAAGCAGAGGAGAGUUUAUUGGUUUUGUUUCCUCAUGGUCUUCAAUUGUUAACUCUGGUUGAUUUCAGACUCAAAAGUACUUCUUUGGUGGAAAUCACACAUGGAAAAAGGAUUUGCAUAAACCAGGGACAUUUAUUGGUGGUGUCGCAAGAUCAGACAUCAGACCCAUAUAAAGUGACGAUGAAUCACAUUGAUAUGGCGAAACAACAUGUUGAAAUGAUACCGCUUGAAGGCACAGGUACAUUGUUAAACUGUUUCACAUUGAAAGGCAAUGUAGCUUUUGCGUCUGAUGACACUAUUACUUAUUACAAUCCCACAACGCAACAAGUGACUUACAGGUUUCAAUUUCCUUUCACACCCAAAUACUGUUGCGGCCUUAAUAGGAGUACUAUCUUAGCAGUUUCACAGAAGAAUUACAUUUAUUUCUAUACUGAAUUGGGAAAUUUGCUGUUUAGCAAUUCACUAGAAGACGAUAAUCUAGAAAAUGCUACAGUUCUUGAUUAUUCAGCCUUCAGCUAUCUAGAUAUGACUUUGAUAGCGACUUCACAUACGGGCGAAUACGAACUAUGGAAUUUGUGGGAACAAUCGACUCAAAAUUUCUCCGACACCCGAUCGGUAUCUCCUUAUGUAUUGCACAACACAAAUAAUGAUAUUGCAAUUUAUACACCUGUAGGGGAUUCUUCUCUCUGCCGCGAUGGCUUCCAAUACAUCAAACUCCCGACUAGAACAAUCAAUAACUGCGUUUCUCUCAUAAAAGUCAAUCCAAAUAUGAAACUUACCGCGAUAUAUGUGGCGAAUAAGGCCAUUUUACUUUUAUACAAUUUGGAAACCAAUAUGUGGUAUAGUUUUAUUGACAUAACAAUCCUAGAUAUGCAUUGGAUUGGAACCUCAUACUUAUUAUGCCAGAUAAAAAAAGACGAUUGGUCAAUUGGAUUACACUGUUUUCGUUUGCGUUUGCAGGAUUUGGAUACUUCAGAUAUUUAUAAAUACAGCAUUUGGGACUACGAAUUGCCCGAUUCAACCCGUAUUCAGACUAUUCAUGUCAAUACUUUGAGCAAGUAUAAAUCCUUGAAGCUGAAGGCACGAGAUAGUGAUCAGUCUGAUAAACAAGAAGAAAAAUACUUUAAAACCGCUGAAAUCAAUGUUGUCACCACCAACAAUCAGAUCUUAAGAUUUGCUGUAAUAUCAUUAAUACAUCCAAUUGGCGUUAAUAUAAUCAGGAAAAUUUACGAGCACGGUAGAGUCAAUAUCCCAAAUAAUAUCUGCUCUGAUAAAAUAGAAUGGCUUAUGAAUUUCAGGGACGGUUUAUUGUACUUUUCAGAAAAUAAACUUAUUAAAGCUGUCAAUGUAGAAUCGGAACAAUGGGUAUUCGAAGUUUUGCUAGAUCAUAUAGAAAAGAUUGUCGAUGUAUAUAUCGAUGAUAUAUUUCUUAUUUGCAAUCAAAAGGAAGAGUUUUACAAUAUGGAUGACCUUUGGGACAAAAAGCCACCUCUUUUCUCUGUGACACUUGAUGAUGACUGCUAUCCGAUAUCUAUUUCGCCCCAGACGGCUACUGUACUCGGAUUGAGAUGCAUAUUUCACGAUUACUAUGCAAAAUUUGUCGUCAAACAUAAGAUAUAUUUGGAUGAACUGAUUCUUACAAAGAUGGAGCAAAAAGUACCGGCAGAUAAAAUUAUGACAGAGUGCAGACCCGUGAGAUACUUUAACUUUGCUCUUGAGAAAAUACUGUCCACGAAAAUUCUAGAGAACAAACCCCUAGAUGACAUUAUCCAAAUAAUCAAACUUUGUGAUAUUCCAGCAAAUUAUGAGGGCAGUCUAAGCAAGGCGCACAGCGAUAUGUUAGAGAUUGUAAGCAACUGUCUACGAAAAACCGAGAUCAAGCAUUGGAACCUGCUAUUCACAAGUCUUGGAAUGACACCUAGAGAUCUCUUGGCCAGGUGUCUUGAAGGCAACGAGGCGAAGAUCCUUGGUGUUUUGUUAAUAGUGUUUUUGAACUACGAUGCCGAACUAGUUGAAGACUUAAGAAACAAUGAAAUCGACAAAAGCGAAGCAAAAGAUCAGAACGGCAGCACUAACAGUGACGGCAGCAACCCAGAUUCUUCUGUAGUUGAUUUAAUAAGAGAUCAAGAGAUGAUGUUAACAGUGCUGCGUUUGUUGGUUACAAGCGCAGCUAAUACAUCCGACAGCACAAAAGCGGCAGAUUCUUGGGACAUGUGCUUUCAACUCAUUCGACUACUGAAGGAGCUGGACAAGGAAAACAACACGCAGUUGAUCCAAAAAGCACUAGAUAUGUUUGAAUAG